GUGGGAUUUGCCGCACUGUUGGUCAUACUGCGAUUUGUUGCGCGAAGAGUCCGCGAGACAAAAGUCUGGUGGGAUGAUGUCUGUGCAGUCGCUUCACUCUUUUUCACAUCAGGUAUACUCGCAAUGCAUAUAUCCUACGCAAAUCAUGGUAUGGGCUACCAUAUCUCCGAGAUCCCAAUUGCCAACACAGUAUUCAUCGGGAAACAGCUGAUAGCCUAUCAAGCCGUGUAUUAUGCUGCCAUGGCAAGCGUAAAAUUGUCCUACCUCUGGUUUUAUCUUCGUAUCUUCCCCCAACCGGAGUUUCGCAAAUGGGUCUGGACGUGCAUGAGUCUUGUGAGUGGGUACUGGAUAGGAAGUAUGCUUACAAUCUUCCUCAUCUGCAGACCUUUUGAGAUGAAUUGGAAUCCAUCUAUACCUGGCGGCCACUGUGCAAGCUACAAUAUUGCUUUUGUUACAAUUGGUAUCUUCAACAUGAUCACAGACUUAAUCAUCAUGCUGCUGCCAAUCCCGUUUAUCCGCAAAAUCCAAAUGGCGGUCGGGACAAAGAUUGGGCUUGUGGCGAUUUUCGGCAUCGGCCUCUUUGUCACUGCGAUUACUAUCAUACGUAUCGUUGUCCUACUGCACGUCGACUUCACUGACAUAUCCUACUCGAUGCAUCACGCUGCGUUCUGGUCAGUUGCCGAGCCUGCCAUUGCUAUAAUCAACUGCUGCAUCGCUACGUUGCGUCCUCUGUUGAAAAUUAUUUCACCAAGUCGUCUAUGGGCAUCAAAGAGGGGAAGCACAAGAGAAAACGUGGAUUAUUCUGGUAGCGCUGCUCCUGACCGUAGAAUGAAGCACAAGAGGGAUACGCAAGACGAGUAUCCACUUACCUGGAUAGACGUCGAUGAGCCCGAUCCAAUAGCUCAGGGCGAUACAAGGCAACCAGACCCUACAAAAAGCAGACUAAGCAGUGUUAUUAGUACGCAAAGUAGAUAAUAGACCUAAAAGUAAACUCCUAGAAUAUGUUAGUG